AAAAAACCAGUUCGGUUCAGCCAAUAGAGAGCUCUGUGAAACAACAACAAGAAUUUUUUUUGUUAGUUAAAUAGUAACAUUAACACAUUAAUCAUUGGGUUAGGUUUCAGUGUUUUAAGUUUUUUCGAUUGGGAGAGGUCGAUAUGUGUGGAAUUCAGUGAUUUGAUUUGAGUUUGAAAUUUUUAGUUUUCGUUUUCGUUGUAACCGUUUCAUAUGGCUACUCAACAGAGACAAUCUCAGAAUGGACAUGACGCUCCGAAAACAAACAGCAACCACGGUAACAACGAAUCGAAAGACCAAGGAUUAUGGCGUGAUUUAGUCGCAUACUGGAUAUUAGGCCUAUGUAACAAUUAUGGAUAUGUUGUAAUGUUAAGUGCUGCUUACGAUAUUAUUGCAAGAUUUGGAACGAAUGCCAAAACAGUUCAACUGGAACCGUCACCUGAAACGGGCCGAAUGUGCAAUAUUAUUUCAACCGGUGCAAUACUACUGGCUGAUGUUUUACCGUCUUUGACCAUCAAAAUCAUUGUUCCAUUUUUGCCGUUUUACAUCAAUGUUCGCGUAUUCCUUGCAAUCGCACUACAGGCGGCCGGUUUUCUUCUAGUUGCAUAUGCCGAUGCAAAAUGGAUGGCCAUUUUGGGCAUUGUACUAACAUCACUAAGUUCUGGACUGGGUGAGGCCUCAUUACUUGCAUACACGUCCAGAUUCAAUAAGAAUGUUGUCUCGACAUGGUCGUCGGGUACUGGUGGUUCUGGCGUUAUUGGUGCAUUAUCCUACGCAGGACUCAUAUCGUUGGGUGUUAGCCCGGUGGAUACAAUGUUAAUAAUGUUAUCGGUGCCGGCAAUGGAAGCGAUUGCGUUUUGGUUGAUAUUACGAAAACCGACUGGAGCCGCCACAAAUUAUGGAAUCGAAAAUACUGAAUUCGACGGUCAAUCGACCGAUACGAUAGCAAUAGAUAAUGUCAGGGGAAGCGACGUCGAAACGAAUACCAAAUUGAAUGGCAUCGACGCCGACGUCGCAUCGUUUGGCAUAAAGGAAAAAGUAAUGUACCUGCCGUCGUUGAUGAAAUACAUGAUACCGAUAACAAUGGUCUACUUCUUGGAGUAUUUCAUCAAUCAAGGACUGUUUGAAUUGGUAUACUUCCCGAACAUAUGGCUGGACAAAAAAUCACAAUACCGUUGGCUGCAAGUAGAUUACCAACUGGGCGUUUUUGUGUCACGGUCAUCCGUCAACUUUGUCACGUUGGAGAAAAUCUGGCUGAUGUCUGUGUUCCAGUUUUUCAACGUGAUCAUCAUUCUGCUCGAAGUCAUUUACUUUUACAUGCCAUCCAUUUGGAUUAUAUUUGCGGUUGUGUUUUGGGAGGGUUUAUUGGGAGGCGGUGCGUACGUGAACACGUUCUAUCGGAUGUCGAAGGAAGUGCCACUGUCGAAACGGAAAUUUGCAUUGGGCGUUGUUCCGAUUGGUGACGCAAUCGGUAUCGCGCUGGCCGGUGUAGCAGCCAUACCAGCACAUAAUGCUUUGUGUUUUUUGCCAGUCCGAAGGUGAAAGACUGCGUGAAGGUCGUGAUAGGUUUUUGUUUACUUUAUAAUUGCAUUUACUGACAGCGAAUGUUAAAUAAAUAGUUUGUACCGUUACACGGCGAGUA